AUGAAGAGCACCGGCUUCUGUGCCAAACAUACCGUUCAACACAGCAGUGGUUCCGGAAAAUUGUUUGUCAGGAAUAGGAGCCGCUCUUUGAAAGGCUCAAACGGUAGUCAUCGGAAAGUCAGUGAUAUCUUAAGCGGAAGAAGAGUAGGAAGCGAAAGCUUUUUGGACGGAAUUCUUCACCACUUGUUUACUAUAAAGCCAUUAGAUUUGCCGGACUUUUACGACUUGAACAAAGUGUCAAAGUAUUCAUUGGACGGCAUAUUAAUUGGCAAAUACUUCGAUAGAAGUCGAGCUCAUUAUUUGGAAGAUGAGCUCAAACUGAAGAAAGUCUACGAAAUCAAUAAAUUGAGCGCAAAAUUCACAAACAGUUCGCUCGAGACGAAGAAACGGAUGCUUUUGUGGUAUAGUAUUGACAACAACUCGAAGGGCAACGAGAGUCUGAAGAAGAUCUUGAAUAACGGCAUCGGCUAUGAAAACGGCAAAAUAGGCCGAGCGCUGUAUUUCAGGGAUCGCAUCAAUCGCUUCGUUAAAUAUGGGGACAAAGAAUUUGGUUUAUUAUUGUUGUGUGAAGUGGUUGUCGGCAAUAUGUAUCGCGUGUUUGAGAAGAAGUACUUCGUGGACGUGCCCAAGGGGUACGACUGUAUCAAAUGUUGCGGUAGGUAUCAGCCCGACGUCAAUAAAUGCAAACUCGUGGGCUCAGGCGUUGUAGUGCCGACCGGGAAGACUGUAUACGACGAGACACUGGAAGACAAGACCAAUUUCGAUAUCAAUCAGUUUAUUGUAUUUGACAAAACACAAGUCAUUAUUAGGUAUUUGGUUCAAUACUACGAACAACACAAAUGAUUAUUAUGUCCAGAGAUGUGCCAUUUUUUCUCAAUCCUUGC